GGGCGGACUCAGCGGCUUUAGACAGGCAGACAGUCGGCAGGAAACCAGGAAAGCAGCAGAGCAGAGGGACAAUGACAUGGAGAUUAGAGAUCAGUUAACCUCCUCCCCCUGGACGACCGUCCUGUUUGCUCGCUGACUAUCACUUCCUUUUUUUUUGGUACACAUCUACACCACACAGGCACGAACACAACCUGUUGUAAGUGCACUGACGAACCAGUCCGCUUUUGAGAAAAUGAGCUGUGCACAUUUCUGGUAUAUGGUUCAAAGGAGUUCAAUCAGCAGCUCCUGUGCUUCCCACAGGUAAUGGGUGCAGCCAGCAGAGAUUGCAUUAUCCUUUGUGACUAAACGGCCAGCUCACACCGCAACCUGAAUGAUGUCAUCUGACGGCAGGCAACCAGUCUGAAGUGGAGAUGACAGCGCAUUUAGACCUGAACUGAAGAAAUGCUUCCGACCGGGUGCCUGAAUGCUCUUGUACUCUGACCCCACCUGCCUUAUCUCUAAGGCAAAGAAGACUUUUGCCAAGCGACACACCUGGAGGGCUCUGCAAUGCAAGCGGUGGUUUGACAACAGGAAGGAUUAGGAAAAAAAAGGAUCAAGUGUCCAAUGACACACACCCAGGCAGCAGUAUGAACACAGGCUGCUCAACGAAGGCUUCCCUGUAACAGCUCAACAAGUCCCUUCAUGUCAAGGACAAGUUUGUCAGGGUGUACAGGUAGACGCAUCCUAGUUUCCUGACAGAGACGAGUGUGAGUGAGUGGGAUUCAAAUAUCCUGUAUUUGCUCAGCAGGACAGAUGGCAGUAUGCUCUUAAGCUUCACAACUUCCUAAAGAUUUAUUGUUGAUCAAAGGAGGAAUUACAAAAGGAUACAAAGACUUUUCGGGACCUAUAAAAACGGAUACAUUUAAUUAUUUAAGUCUCUCUUAACCAGAUCUCCCACAAUGCCGCUGAGAACAUCAUUUUACAGAAAGCAAUCCUCUGCUCGUUGGCCUGGCAGGAACACCAAGCGCCGUGAGGUGCUGUCUGUCAACAUGAUCAGCCUACCGCUGGGUGAUUUCCGCCAUAUCACACAUAUUGGCAACGAUGCACACACAGACAGCUUUGGGGACCUGUCCUUCCUAAAGAUGGGCCACAACCUGCUUCUUCAAAGCUCCCAGAGUGAACAGAACAUCUUCCUGGCCUGCUCUCCUCCACCAAAGCCCCCUCGUCUCAACCUGGACGGGACAGACGGUUCGGAGAGCCCUAACUUUUCUGCUGGUCACCACCUCAGCUCCUCCCAGAGGAGGAAGAAAUGCAGCUCUAUGCCGCUGCUGGACAAUGAUGAAGUCCAAGUAGACAUAGCAGAGAGGUGCCAAAGAGGGACAAAUGUCGCUUGCGGACCAGGUCGGGGUAGGGUUAAUUCCGACAAGGAUGUAUACGCCACAGAUAUCUGUGAGAAAACUGCUGGAAAACAAAAGGAGGAGGACAGUGGCUUUUCUUUCAGCCUCGACUUGGGCCCGUCAAUCCUGGAUGACGUGUUACAGGUGAUGGACAAGCAGCACAAUUAGAAACCACUGUCACCAAGCAUCACAGGAGGGUUUAACGACAUGAAUGGAAUAUAAAGAGGAGAUCCAACUCAACUGGUUCUGGGGUACACGCCUCGGAAUUUAUGGACAAUGCAAUAUCCUAAAGAGAUGUUAUUGUUCACAUUCACUUGGAGAUGUAUUUCUGAUUUCAUUAUACUGAGGAACGAUAAAUAAGCUGUGGAGAGAACUGACAACAGCAGUGUUCUGAUGGAUAAACUAACACACUGGAAACACUGAUGGACAGGAUAAGGAAUUCUGCCUUCUUUCAGCAUUUUAUUAAAACAUGUUAACUGUGGAUAAGAUCAUCACAGCAAAGUUAAUAUGGACAAUCUGUCAAAGGAACCAGAUAUGUGUGCAUCCGCUGCGGUCCACAGGGUUUUUUCAAAAGUAAGCAUCAUUCGAAACAAAAGGUUAAACUAAAGAAAAGAAUAAGUUAACAGCACUAAGUUAAUGUUCUCCUUAGUUUCACCUCUUGCAGAGUUAGACACGAUAGUUAAGUUAAUAAUUAAUCCCUGUCAGAUGAAAAUGUCCAACUCCAAGUUGGACAUUUUGACCUUCUUUUACUUCACUCCUUCCUUUGACUUUGUGUAAUCCCCUUAACCACACAGCACUGUGCUGAAAACGGCUGUUAAGACUUAAAGAGUGUUGUGUUUAAGAAAAGAAAAGCUGCGGCUACAAUCCAAGGUCCUCGAGCUGUGAUGUCUUGGCUCUUGGCGUGCUUGCCAAUCUAUUGUGUGCGCAGCGCAAUUUCUCCUCCGCACGCAUCCCAGAGGCCCCACUCAAAGGUAGACCAAGGUACCCCCCAUCUCUCAUUCCCAACAAUGCAGUGAAAACAAACACUUAGCUCUGCUUCCAAUAAAAAGCCAGGCAGUGGUGGCAGGUUGGGCUACGGACCAAGCCAGGCCACAGGUCCAAGACCUCAGAAUACAAAAAAAGCUGGGGCAAACUGUUUUCUUAGCUGCAAAUCGGAGUCCGCUGCUCUGGUGAGUGGCACACGAGAAGGAAAGUGGUAAAGGGAUAUGUGAUACUUCCACAUAUGCAGGGGGUGUCGAGGGAGGAGGACCAGAGACAUCCAUUACUGCAGCACAAGUCCUGAUGAGGGUUUAAACACUACCUUCUGACCAAACACACCCCUCACACGUGAAAAAGACAUGCUUGCAUCUCACAUACACUGACACAGGAGUGACGAGCAGCGCACAUGUAAACGUGUACGAACGUGUGGUCAAGCGGGGAUUUGUGCAGACAAUCCAUGUCCAUUUUUCUUCUUUUCUUCUGGACAGAAGAGAGUCUGUGUUUUGGUAGGAGGUUGCCAGGGAAGGCUGUGGGGCAAACCCAGAACCAGUCAAAUUCCUAAGCGCCCAAUGGAUCGCGCCGGAAAAUAUAUACAAAACCACAGUUGUCCCGGUUCUAGCAAUAGAUUCAGAAAUCUAUCUCUGUCCCAACAGAGACAGCAAUGUUUGUGGGUACAUCUGCACUGUAUAUCUGUUUUGGCAUUUUCUAUUUUUAAGUGGAUAUCAUUGCCCCUGUUCCUUGUAUAUGUUGUGACAAUAACACAUUGUGAAUUUUUUUUGACUGUUUUGUAUUUUGGGAAAGUAAAGAAAAAUAUCUUUUAAAUUGCAA